AUAUGAAUAAGCAUAAUUCAGCUAAUACAGUUCGUUGAGGUUCGAACUGAUUGUAUAUGCCCGUGGUGUUCGUCUGAAGGUCUGUCCCUCUACUGCGCGGCAAAACAAAAGCAUGUGGAUCUAAUUUCAACAAAGAUCAAAUCAGACUGGGACCCUUUUUGCGACUCAUCCGUUGACAAUGGGGCUUCGGUCGUCUCAGAAGAGGCACUUCCCUCUUCGGGGCAUCGAUGGAGUAGUGCAGCUUUUCCAGUCUGAGCUUGGUAACCCUGAGCCAGAUCUGGCCCUGCUGUCCCUUGUUUUGGGUUUUGUGGAGCACUUCCUGGCUGUCAACAGAGUUGUACCAGUCAACGUCCCAGGAGUUCGCUUUGAGCCGCUCACACCUGACUGCCUUAACUCCUGCUUCCCUACAGUAGAGCUGAAUCUCAUAUCUGCCCUGUAUGAACGCUUUACGGCCCAGAUUCGUGGUGCUGUGGACCUUUCACAGUACCGCACACCUUCCGGAGGUUCCAGCCGUGAGCUGGUGAAGAAGGUCUCGGAUGUCAUCUGGAAUAGCCUUAGCCGGUCAUAUUUCAAAGACAGAGCACAUAUACAGUCCCUGUUCAGUCUCAUCACAGGCACGAAGCUGGACAGCUCAGGAGUGGCAUUUGCAGUAGUAGCUGCAUGUCAGGUUUUGGGCCUGAAGGAUGUUCAUCUCGCACUCUCUGAGGAUCACGCCUGGGUGAUCUUUGGUGAGGGUGGGGAAGAGACAGCAGAGGUCACAUGGCAUGGGAAAGGCAACGAAGACAGAAGAGGUCAGACUGUCAGUGCUGGAAUAAAUGAGAGGAGCUGGUUGUAUCUUAAAGGCUCCUACAUGAAGUGUAACAGGAAUAUGGAGGUAGCGUUCAUGGUUUGUGCCAUCAAUCCUUCUUUAGAUCUGCAUACAGACAGCACCGAGUUACUCCAGCUCCAGCAAAGGUUGUUAUGGCUGCUCUAUGAUCGAGGACAUUUGGAGAGGUAUCCUAUGGCUAUGGGCACUUUGGCUGACCUUGAAGACCAGGAACCCAUGACCGGCAAGGAAAACCCACUGUCCAUUCACCUUAAGGCUGUCGACUCGGCUAAGAAAUAUUACAACAACGAGCACAUCUACCCAUUCAUGUAUCUGGCAGGGUACUAUUACAGACACCGAAAUGUCCAGGAGGCUUUGCGUGCCUGGGCUGAGGCUGCAUCAGUAAUGCAAGAUUACAACUACUGCCGAGAAGAUGAGGAGAUCUAUAAGGAGUUUUUUGACAUCGCUAAUGAUGUCAUUCCCACCCUCCUUAAAGAGACAGUGGCUGCUGCUGAAAGUAGUGGAGAAGGGGCCGAAGGGGCGGAAAAGGACCAGCCCAGACUGGUAGCUGCCUUGUCUGCCCUUCAGGACCCAGAGUGCUUUGCUCAUUUAUUAAGGUUCUAUGAUGGGAUUUGUAAAUGGGAAGAAGGAAGUCCCACACCAGUGCUCCAUGUAGGUUGGGCCACCUAUUUGGUCCAGUCCCUAAGUCGCUUUGACGCACAGAUUAGGCAAAAAGUGUCAAUCAUCACCAAAGAUGCAGAACCAUUAGAUGAGGAUGACCAAUCUAGUGAUGACCCGCGUGAGGGACGUAGGCGGGUUCCAAGGCGAGAAUUCAAAUUGGAUGAACAAGCAGGACCGUCUCUGCCUGGUGCCGCCUUGCCCACCCAAAAUCCCAUGCCUAAAAAGGUGGGUGGAGAAGGAGGGCGCCAACGUUCCUCUGUUGGAACUCGAGGGAAAGAGGCAGAUGGCAAAAAUGAGCCAUCGUCCCCAAGCCCCACACCUUCACCUCCUCAGCAAACCGCAGUGCCAGGAGGGCCGGUGGUGAUAUUUCACAGUGAAAAGAUGAAGGGAAUGAAGGGGCUACUCUCUGCAGCCAAGGUCAACUCUAGUGCCAUUAAACUGCAGCUCACAGCCCAAUCCCAGGUCCAGAUGAAGAGACAGAAACCCACACCUUCUGGAGACUACACCUUGUCCUUAAUGAAACGACCUCGCAAAACUCUUUAAAAUUCCCCAUUGAGAGUUUUUUCCAUUUACAGUUUCACCUGGAGGGAAGUUCAUUAGUUUAUCUGCAAAAAAAUGGUAAAUGUUUUCAUAAACUAGACCUGAGUUUAUUUAAUUGAGUUUUUAAUUAUGUAUUCUGUAUAUUCAUAACUACCAGCUUUCAUAGGUGGCUUCAAGCUUAUGGUAGUGUCAAGUAUCCUUUUUGAGGGAUGCAGUCCAGUGAUGCUGUUUAACCGCAUAAUUAUUUUUUCUGUGUUAAAAGUAUAUUUUCCAUCAAAUAAACAACUUGGAAAAAAAAA